AUGUCUGACACUGGCCUCGAGCGCGAUCCGUCCUUCCUCGACGAAGUAUGGACGCUCUACGCCAUUGGAAUGUUCAUUCUCGUGGCUCGCCUGGGCGUACGCCUGAAGACUGUUGGGUUUCGAGGUCUUCAGGGCGAUGAUCUCUUUGCAUUCAUCGUCAUGAUCAUGUAUACUUGCGAUGCUGCAACUGUACAUCUCGUCUAUUUACUAGGAUCGAACGUGGAAGCAGCCGCAUUUCAGACCAUGCGAACUCUUUCGGAUGAAGAGGUCACCCAAUACACUCUCGGAUCAAAAUUGCAAAUCACAGCGUGGUACUCCUACACAGCACUAUUGUGGGCUCUGAAAGGCACAAUGUUGUGUUUCUUCAAGCGCAUCACUACGGGUCUCUGGCAAUCCCGCCUCGUCAACUGGUUCAUGUGGGCAUGUGGCGUGUCUUACAUUGCCGUAUUCCUCACAAUCACUUUCGGAUGCUUCCCGACUUAUAAGAACUGGCAAGUUGUACCAGACCCAGGACUCAAGUGCACCUUCAGAAUGCAAAACUUUCUGGUUACCGUCGUCCUAAAUGUUCUCACUGACGCUGCUAUCUUGUGCAUCCCACUUCCGCUUCUAUGGCAACUUCAAGUCCCCUUGAAAAAGAAGCUUGUCGUCGGUCUCCUCAUUUGCUCCGGUUUCUUCGUCAUUGCAGCCGCCAUCAUCCGCGUUGUACUCACCCUUGGCGCCAACCCGAGCGGAACCAACAUCAACCGUUGGGGUGUGCGCGAGACCAUCGUCGGUAUCAUCUCUGUCAACAUCCCCAUCCUGCGCCCUCUCUUCAGCAAGAACUUCUGGAGGACAGGGCAGAUCACCACACCGAGCCACGGCAAGUCUACCACGGGCGCCGGGCGCAGCAGAACCCUGCCUGAGGGUCGGGGCCCGUACGAGAUGGCCGGCAGCAUCACCGAGAGCCAGAUGGGCCGCAAGCGCAGGGGUAGCUUUGGCGGCAGCGAGGAGUUCAUCAUCGAUAAGGACGACUUGAACUUCAAGCCCAAGGCAAACGAUGUCGUUGUGCAGACCACUUAUCAGGUCCGGAGUGAGGAGAACGUCAGUGAUGACACGGAUCGCUGGGUUACACAUGGUGCAUCGUCCAAGGUUACGGCGUAUAGAGGCCCUGACGCUGUGUGA